AUGAAAUCGUGCGCUAAACAUGGUGGAUGCGAUUCGUCUCAGAAGGAAAUCCUUAACAAGAACAUGUUCGCUGCCAAACAAUUAGAUGCUUUUGGGAAGUUACCGGCAGGAAUUAUGGAGUUGACGACGGCCAGCAUUGGCUCGUAUGUCGAGUGCAAUGAAUUGCUCGCUCCAUAUGAAACUCAUUACUGCUUUGCUGGAAUGCAGUUUAGCAACUUGAGUUUCGACGUAGCGCUGGAAAAACUAACAAUAAAGCUGGCAGUUUGCAUGCCAAGGAAUUGCAGCGAGCGGGACAUUCCUCAACUUAUGAGUUCAGUCGUUGAGGGACACUUUUUACCUCUAACGUUUACUGAUACAGUUUGCGUCCCAACAAGCGUCGAGCCGACCACAUCGUUCUGGAUUUUCAUGACUUUCCUGUCAUUUUUCGUGUUGUGGGCUAUUCUUGCUACUACCAUGGACUAUGUUCUACAUGUUCAUAAUAGUUGUAACAUAAAGACCAGUACAGUUAUGAGCGCAUUUCUUGCUUUCUCAUUCUACUCGAACGGCGCUAUUCUUUUGGACGUACGUCCACCAAAGGAAGGUAUCCUGCGAUCCUUGGCGUCGAUCCGAUUUAUCUCGAUGACUUGGGUGGCUGCUGGGCACACGAUUGGAACGGCGAGCUUAAGUGAGGCGCUACUUCCAAUGCUCUCUCUGUGGAAUCCAUUGCUAUCGACGACUUUUACAAAUGCUUUCCUGUCUGUCGAUACGUUCUUCCUACUUUCCGGAAUUCUCGUUGCGUAUUUAUUCUUUAAGUCACGCCCAGCUUCAGGAUUCGUGAAGAAUCCGAUGACGUGGACGCUCUACUACGUUCACCGUUACCUAAGGUUAGUUGUAAGCAUUGAUGUGGUUCGAACAACAAAUGAAAAACAAGGAUAA